AAUUACACAUCGGUCGGACGUGUGGACAAGUGUAAGAGAGUGGAGAAAAUGUCCUGCAUUGCUUUACAUGAACAUAUAUUCAGAUCUUGGUAAAACUCUCUGAGCAAAGAUGGCAUUCUUCAAGAAUAACUUCUGGGGGGAGAAAAACGCGGGCUUCGAUGUGCUCUACCACAACAUGAAGCACGGACAGCUUGCCACCAAAGAGCUGGCAGAGUUUGUGCGAGAGAGGGCAGCCAUUGAAGAAACAUACUCCAAGUCCAUGAGCAAACUGGCCAAGAUAGCAAGUAAUGGAAGCUCUUUGGGGACUUUUGCCCCCUUGUGGGAUGUGUUCCGGGUGUCGUCAGACAAGCUGGCCCUCUGCCACCUGGAGCUGAUGAGGAAGAUGAACUCCCUCAUCAACGACAUCAACAAAUAUGGGGAAGAGCAGGUCAAAAUUCACCGCAAGACGAAGGAGGAGGUGAUGGGCACGCUGGAAGCCGUGCAGACGCUGCAGGCGCAAAGCAGCCAGCUGCAGAAGUCCCGGGAGAACUACCACAGCAAGUGCGUGGAGCUGGACCGUCUGCGCAGGGAGGGCGCCCCACAGAAGGAGCUGGAGAAGGCGGAGGUGAAGUCGAAGAAGGCAGCGGAGUCCUUCAGCUCCUGUGUGGAGAAGUACAACCGAGUGGGUGGAGACUUCGAACAGAAAAUGACUGAAUCAGCACAGAAGUUUCAGGACCUGGAGGAGACCCAUCUGCGGCAGAUGAAGCACCUGAUAAAGGCAUACUCCCACUCCAUCGAGGACACACACGUGCAGGUCGGACAGGUACACGAGGAGUUCAAGCAGAACGUGGAGAACAUCGGCAUCGAGAACCUCAUCAAGAAGUUUGCUGAGCAGAAGGGCACAGGGACAGAUCGGCCAGCUCCGGUGGGCUUUGAGGAGUACAGCUCCAGCGGGGCACCAGAGGGGGGCAAGAAGAGCCGUGCCAAAGCCUUCCGAAUCCCCGGGCUGGGCAAGAGGGACAAAGAGCCCGACUCCACGGACACGGCUGUCACAGAGGCUCCGAAUUCCCCACAGGUGGAUGAGGAGGGAUUCGUAAUCCGAGCAGAUGUCAAUCAGAAUGGCUGCUCCCAGGAUAAAGAUGGCAGCUUCUACUCUAGCGACUCAGACUUCGAUGAUGACGAGCCGAAGAAGUUCAACAUCCAGAUUCGGCCAGUGGGCACCAGUGGGAGGAGCCACGCGCCCGCCGAAGAGCUGAGGGCCACUGUGGGGGCCCUGACUCUGCCCCCCAACAGAGGGGUCUCCAUCAAGAGGCAUCUCUCUAGGAGUUCCAGCCGCACAGCUGGAGCACGCUCAGAAGGAGAGGGGGAUGGUGCCCCCCACAGGGACGGUGAAAAGGAAGGACUGAGGAGAUCGACCUCCAGCCCUGACCAUAGCAGGCUGACUUCUACCGUCUCGGCUCCGGAGAAGCUUUUUGGACCUCCGCUGGACUCUGCCUUCAAGCCCAAUAAUUUUGCAGAUGCUGCCUUCUCCUCUGACUCCUCCUCCCCAGAGAAUGUGGAGGACUCGGGGCUGGAUUCACCUUCCCAUCAGCCCCUAGGGCCCUCUCCAGAGCCAACCGCCUGGGCAGCCUGGCCAAUGGCAACACAGAGCAGAGAGUCAGCCAGUUUGGGCAGGGCCUCCGACCCCUUCUUGACAGCCUUCCGUGACCCCUCCCCCGGGCGCACCCCUCCAGCGCAGGAUGACCCGGCCACGAUGUGGGCCACCACGCCCCGCUCCCCGCGGCCCAUGCCCGACAUGGACCCCUCCUUCUUUGGCUUCCCCGCCUUCGGCCGCCCCCUGGCCCCCGCCGAGCUGGAGCCCCCCAUGUGGAGCUGCAAGCACAUCCCUCCGGAGGACCCCUUCCUCGCUGCCUUCGAGAGGACCACCGCCCCCGAGCCAGCGGCUUCCCCCGAGCCCUGGGCCCCGGCCCGACCCCGCCUGACCCGGGACGGCAGGGGGCUUGACGGGCGCGGCGAUCCCUUCUCCGUUUCCCACGGAGACAGCAAGACGGCCACCACCUCCUCUUCGUCCUCAUCCCAGAAGGAGAGGGACAGGGGGGCCCCCAUCCUGGAGUCCCCUGAGGACCCCUUCUCCAUCACCAUGAUCGGGAGCCCCUCCCACCAGUCCUCCCUAGCUGCUGCUGCAGUGGCUCAAAGCUCCACCAGCAACAGUGGCAGCAGCCGAUUGGCUCCCAGCUCCAGCUCUGGCCCCACCUCCAGCCACGGCCCAAGGCCCCGGAAGGAGCUGGUGCGCUGGAACUCGGUGCACAACCCUUUCAGUGAGGCCACCAUGGGUGCGGCUCCAGCGGGGGCAGGAGGCGGGCGCGACGGGGCCAGGAAGCAGCGAGCCUCAGAGGGGGCACCUCGCAGGAAGGGUCUGCCCCUCACAAGGCAUUCUGGGCCACAGGAAGACCUCUGCUUCUCUACUGACAACGACCAGAACUGCUUGAGCCUGGGCACACAGCCUCCACACACUGGAGACACACCCCCUCCCUCUCGACGGGACAGCGCCGAGAUGCUUCUGGCGGCCCCGCCCCGCCCAUCCCGGGCCAGGAGGGUGUCUGCAGGCCGGCAGGGGGCCUGCGAGCGGUCCAGGUCUCUGUGCUCCUCUCCCCUGCCUGGCCCAAGCCCCCCGCUCACCUCGUCCUCCUCCUCCUCCUCCAGCCCCAGCGAGUGGGGGGGCCAGACGUCCACCCCGCGAGCUCCCAGUCCCGCCAGAGCUGGGUUGUCCCGAGGACCCAGCCCAAUCUCCCUCAGCACCCAGGAGGCCUGGCCAGUAGCCGCAGCCAUCACGGAGUACAUCAAUGCUUACUUCAAGGGUGGAGAGCACAACCGCUGUCUGGUGAAGAUCACCGGUGACCUCACCAUGUCCUUUCCGGCCGGAAUCUCUCGCAUCUUCACUGCCAACCCCAACGCCCCUGUCCUCAGCUUCCGAUUGGUCAACAUUGCCAGAGUAGACCACUUCCUGCCAAAUCAAAAGCUGCUCUACAGUGACCCCUCUCAGAGUGACCCAGACACAAGGGACUUCUGGUUCAACAUGCAGGCGCUUAACGUAUAUCUCCAGAGGGAAGCUGAACUCAACCCGGGGGCCUCCUACUAUAAUGUAACCCUACUGAAAUACCAGGUGUCGUCCCAGGAUCCCGGCAGCGCCCCCUUGCUGCUGUCCGCAGAAUGCCAGCGCAGCGGCACGGUGACCCGCGUGUCGCUGGACUACCACUGCUGCCCCGCCACGGCCCCCGCCGCCCAGCUGACGGGCGUGCAGGUCCUGAUGGCCCUCGACCACACCGCCACCGACCUGCAGUGCCAGCCCCCCGCGACAUGGAACGCCGAGGAGAGACGGCUGCUGUGGAAACUGCCCAACCUGUCCCCCACCAAUCACAGCAAAGGUUCGGGCACGCUCUGCGCCAGCUGGCAGUGCCUGGAGGUGCCGCGGGGCCCGCCGCCCAGCCUGCUGGUGCAGUUCGUGGGCUCGGGGGCCUCCCUGUCGGGCAUGGACGUGCAGCUGGUGGGCAACCGGUACCGCAUGUCCCUGGUGAAGAAGAGGUUUGCCACAGGGAAGUACAUGGCUGGUUGCUCGAUGUGAGUGACAGGGAGCUUCCAGGGAGCUUCAGAAACGCAGCCAACAGCACUUUCAGCUCCCUUGUGGCCUUCUGACGACGAGCCCAGGACAGAGGGGUGUCACUCGCCGGGGACAGGAGACAACCUGGGGACCGCGGACAGUCCGACACCUCUGCGUGAACGUGCACUUAGCAGGAAUCGUGCCCCUUAGACACAAGAUCCAAGUACUAAUGAGACCGAGCCUUGUUCUCUGUUAGCUCACAGUUUAGAAACCCCCACCCCCUUUUUCUUGGGAGUUGUUCUUUUCUCUUUGUUCGUGCUGUAUGCAAUGUGAGUUGUGUGUGCCUUGGGUGAACACCUUGAACUGGAAGGGAUGGACAAAGGAACAUGUACAGUAUAUACAGAAUAUAUUUGUGUAUAUGCUCUCAUACAUAUGUAUCUGGAAUGGAAUUGCCAUGAAAACUUGAAUUUUUAUAUUUAUACAUUAUACAAGAUAGAUACAAUAGUUGAUUAUACACAUGUAUCUAGGUUGUAGAUUAUGUGUGGAGUUCUAAUUUUACAGGAUAGUUCUGUACAGGUCAGUGGUUUAAUUUGC